AUGGACACGGCCAUAACGAUCAGAUCGGAAGAUCGUUUCGACGAUUUGCAGCAUUACGACCACGAGGACUUGAACUAUUGCAGUUUGACAAACGCGUCUGAGGAAGGAGUGGAUUCGCCUCCAACAGGACUUACACCCAUCGUGGUAGGCCACAGGACACCCCAGAUGAGCGUCACCAUGGAGCACGAGAAACGGAUGCGCCGGGAGAUAGCCAACUCCAACGAAAGACGACGAAUGCAGUCGAUAAACGCGGGUUUCCAGAACCUGCGAACGCUCAUACCGCAUCACGAGGGCGAAAAACUCAGCAAGGCUGCAAUCCUACAGCACACGGCCGACUACAUAUACCAGCUGGAACAGGAGAAGACGAGACUUCUGUCGCAAAACUGCCAGCUGAAGCGGCUGGUGAGCAAGCAAGAGGGCGAGCUGUUGAGCACGGCCAGCGUGCACAAGAAACGCAAAAUCGACGACUCCACCGGUGUGGUGAUUUUGAACACGAACGUUGACGGUGAUCAUCGCAGCGGUGCGUUAUCUCCCGAUAACAUCCAAGUGAUCGGCACCUCAUCAGGUUUAGAAGACGGAGGACUGAUGAUCGACGAGGUAGCUGAGUUAAGAGCGCAAUUAGAGCGAGAGCAAAGUCUACGUGUCGAGUUAGAAGAGCAAGUUAAAGUGUACUCAGCCCGUUUAGGCGAAGUGUUUGUGGACCCAAAAACUACCACGGACAACACCCAGACCACGAUCCAAUACCAUCAUAAUACAAACACGUGUGUGGUCGGCGAGGAGGAAGCUGGUAUAGAGAUUAUCGAAGUGAACGAGUCUGACAAUCUGGUUAUACAGCGAGAGCCGGAAGUAGAUACUGCUCUGGUUAAGACUGAGCUCACUGAUGCACCUGAAGAUGAUCGAUUGAAUCCAGUCAAAGAUGAGCCAGUCCCACAGCAGCAGCAAGUACUGCCGUCCGCGCGCGUUUACCUCACCAGUACCUCCAGACAAAAUUUGGAGACCAUUGUCGAAGCAAUUAGACACCUAGAGGGUGAUCACCUGUUUAGUGAUGAUCAUCAGGAAGCACCCCUUGCGUUAACCAAACACGCGGCAACUAGCAAUCAGAAAUUGUUGAAGGUGGAAAUGAACCCUUUCCUCCAGUUCCACAGUGGUUCUCAGACUCCUCAGGGUACAACGGUGGUAACAUCAAACAGUCCCGUACGGCCGUCCAGACCUGGUGUUAUUGUUGGCAAACAAGCUUCGUGA